UGUGACAGAAGCAAUCAUGGUUAUUGUCACUCUAGAAUCGGUGCAGAGUAGGGAGGGAUCGGUUGCCAAUGAAGCUUGAAAUUUUGACAUCCUACGGCUUCCCGUUCAACCACGGGUUGACUCUGUACCCUCACAAUGGCGAUACCUGAUUGGAUUCUUCAACUGGGUUAUGACGGACUUGACCGAGGCGUAGUUCCAGACUUCAUUGUCAGACUUGCUAUUCGUGCUUUGCUGCGUCAACGGCUUCGUGAAAUAGAUCAUGGCUCUCUGGAAGUAAACCAUGCAAUGAAAAUGGCUUGGAUAGAAGGCGUGAAGCGAAGAACUACCAUUGCAGAUGUUCCAGAGAAGGCUAACGAACAACACUAUGAGGUGUCUACAAAAUUCAUUCUAUCGACUCUUGGUCCGUGGGCAAAGUACUCCUCGUGCUUGUUUCCAACUGGAAAUGAGACCCUGGAAGAAGCCGAGGUGCUAAUGCUGGAGAGCUAUUGCCAGAAAGCGCAGCUACAAGACGGACAGGAUGUCUUGGACUUGGGAUGUGGUUGGGGAAGUCUUUCGCUAUACCUGGCUCAGAAGUACCCCAAAUCCCGUAUUACCGGAUUAUCAAACUCUUCAACGCAGAAAGCGCACAUAGAUGCUACCGCCAAAUCGCUAGGCCUUACAAACUUAAACAUCAUCACCGCCGACGUAAAUACUCAUGAUUUUCAGGAAACUACUCGGUUCGACCGGAUACUUUCUAUUGAAAUGUUUGAACAUAUGAAGAACUAUCAGGUCCUCCUUCAGAAAAUAUCCACUUGGCUCAAAUUUACGGAUUCACUUCUGUUCAUCCAUAUUUUCUGCCAUCGUAUGACCCCAUACCAUUUUGAAGACACGGAAGACAAAGAAGGUGGGGACAAGACGAAUUGGAUGGCCAAAAAUUUCUUUUCCGGUGGUACGAUGCCUUCGCAUGAUUUGCUGUUGUACUUCCAAGACGACUUGACCCUCGUGCGGAGCUGGUACCUCUCUGGUGCUCACUAUUCUAAAACAUUAGAAGCCUGGUUGAAGUUACAAGAUCAGAACGGAGAAGCUGGUCUGCAAGAGCUCCAAGCUGACGCCAAGGCGAAAGGACAGGACCCGAUCGAGGGUGUGAAAGCUUUCUACCGGUUCCGCGUUUUCUACAUGGCUUGUUCUGAACUAUUCAACUUCAACAGAGGUGAAGAAUGGGGAGUUGGUCAUUACUUAUUUAAAAGGAAAGAUGCGGUAUAAUUCUACUGUAACUGCUUUCUUAAUUCUAGUAUGCUACCUUAGAAUGCACAACGAAAUAGAACUCUUCAAAUGAAGUUUCAAAAUGAGCACAUAGUAGAUGCAGACC